AAGUGUUUUACUCACGCACACAUGCCCUUCGAUUGCUUGCGCGAGGUUGUGCUGCGUGUUUUCUUCCCCCAAAAAAGUCAAUUUGUGCGUUCGAACCGUAUUUCGUCGACAUCGUCCGUGCGCGAUUGUGCCAUCCUCUGUCAGUUCCGAUCGUAGUAAGCAACGGAAGUGCACCGCGUCUGUGGCAGAUCAAAAGUUCCACGGCUCUUACCGUACGCCAUUUUAUGAUUCCUAUCGCUAUUGACGACAUCCAUCGCACACACUCGCGUAGUGAAGAAUCCAAUCGAUUAGUUUUGAUAGUGCUGCAACACGUUAACGCUGUAGAGAGCAAUUAGCUUUGAUUGUGGAAAAAAAUGCAUCCGUCACGAGGAUCAGCAAUGAAUAACGUUUCGAUUACAGAUUCUUGUGGUCAGCCGUUGUGUGAAAAGAAGGACUACUGUGACAGUGUCAAUACCGAUUCUGGCUUUCUCUCGGGCCAUAACCUCAACUCGUCCGAGAAUUUUGUGACGGAAGAAAGUAGUUCGUCGGAAAACAAUCCCAGGAACGUUGGGACACCCGCUCCGUGUGAGAAACAAAUCGAAGCGGAACCGUGUUCGAACGUAGACUCCGGGAUGAUUCCGGACGAAGAGCUAAGCUCGCGCGAUAUGGGCUUGAUCGACAUCUGCGAACGUUUCGAUCGUUUGAUGAAGCGCGACUGGAUGAAAAGUUUUCAGCAAGAUGAAAUGGGUGAAACCCAGCUUCAUCUGGCCGUAUACGAGCGCAAUGAGGAGCAUGUUUCGAAGCUGGUUACAAAUCUUCCACGACAGUUUCUUAACAUCCAGAACGAUGACGGACAGACGGCACUGCAUUUGGCUGUCCUGACGGAUCAGUCCAAGAUUGUACGUCGCCUGUUGAUUGCCGGUACCGAUCGUACCAUUCGCGAUUUGGAUGGCAAUACCGCCCUACAUCUGGCCAGCGGUAUGGGCAAAGUGAACAUCGUCAAAGAACUGCUAACACCGCCAUCGUUCAACGACAUCGCGCAAGGUGUAUCGCAAACAAAAGUGCCACAAGACAUGGAGUCAUGGAAUUAUGAUGGUAAAACUUGUGUUCAUUUAGCGGCCGAAGCUGGCAGCAUAGAAGUAAUUCGAUCUUUAAUCGACGCGGGAGCCGAUAUCAACGCAAGGGAAGGAAAAUCCGGAAUGUCACCACUGCACAUCAGCAUCGAGAAGGGCAAUGAAGCGUUGGCAAACUUUUUGCUCGAUGAAUGUCCGCUUCUCUCGCUGGAGGCGGUUACUUAUGCCGGAAUGACGGCUUACCAGCUGGCGCUUAUUCAAGACAAACGGAUCCUGAUCGGCGAUCUGACGAAACGCGGAGCGGAACCAAUGUCCCUACCAGAGAGCGAUGCUGAAACCGAUUCUGACGACGAAAUGAUCAGUAACUACUAUGGGGCGAGUGCAUUUUCGGCAGCUUUCUCGGGAUUAUCGGCAAUCAAUGUAUCUUAAAAUGAAAAUUCACUGCACUUUAUUUGACACCCCCCACAGCACUACUUGACCAGGCAACGGGCUGCGUGGGACAGAAACAAAAAAAAACUCCCCGCGCAUACCUAGGCGAACAUGAAGCGAGCAUAGGGGUCCCUAGCUCGUGCAAGAGAAAAGAGAGUAAAAAAAUGGACCGUGGUUCUAAUGUAAAAUAAUAAAAAAAACGUAUGUAACUAUUAUUCCCAUUCUAAUAAGUGCCUUCUAUGUAAAGUUGAUAAGAUGAACAAUUGUGACGUUGUUGGUCUUUGUUUUGCAUAUAUAGUUAAGCGUAUUAUACAUUACACACGCAAUAUAGAAGGGAAAAGAUACAUUGUUUGCAAUUAUUUGUAAACCAAAUAUCAUCCCUCGAUGUGUUGUCACACAAAAGAGAAGGUCGGCGGUAUGAUUCUAACACAGAUUACACUUAUAAUCUUCCUCUCCAUCCCGUCCCGACCUUGUUGGCUUGUUUAAGCCAUAAUUGACGAAACGCUAAGCUUUAAAACGUAUCUUGUUUUUUUUUCGGAAUGUGUCCGUUUUCUUUGUCCAUCCCAAAGCAAAGGCGUUAGGAUAUGUGUAGUGGUUUAUAGAUAUGUUAUUUAUAUGGUUCGAUUAACUCGUAAGCAAAUGUACAUGUAACAAUUUAAAACAAAAACAAAAACCCCGAACGACGCGAAUGUCGAGCAGCGAAUAAAACUAUUUGCAAAUGAAA